AUGACUAAUCUUAAUAUACAAUCCAUUGCUAUAAUUGGUGCUGGACCAGGUGGUCUUGCUUCAUUAUAUGAAUUUUUACACACCAACAAAGAUGGCUCUUCGACAGUUGGCGGUCCGAAAUCGAUAGACCCCAAAUUUACCAAUAUUGUUGCCUUUGAACAAAAAGAUAAAGUGGGGGGAAUCUGGGCUACUUCAGGCAAAGAUUCUGAUCUCCCAAUUCCACCACAAAAUUUACUUGAUACUGAAUCGUAUGCCAAUCCAGAUAUUAUCCAUCCAAGUCAACCAAUUCCAGAUAAUCUACAAAACACAUCUGUUGAUAAACCGGUAGUUAAAAAGUUGGAUCCAAUCGCCAGAGAACUCGAAUGGAACAAAAGUGGAGUAUUCCCUGGUUUAUUUACAAAUAUUCCUUCAAGAUUCACAAGGUUUUCCUACUUGCCUAACGAAGUGAAAUAUCUAGAUAAAUCCAGGACUAUUUAUCCUUUCCUAUCUCAUGAGGAGCUUUCGAAGAGAUUUAGUGACUUCGUGGAUAAGGAAGACUUAGAUAAGUAUGUUCGAAAAAAUUCUAGGGUCGAAGGUCUUUUCAAAAAUAAUAAAGACAAAUGGGUUGUUACUGUAAGACAUACAUCAGCUGAAUAUGAAGAGUGGUAUGAGGAAGAAUAUGAUGCAGUUGUAAUAGCAAAUGGCCAUUAUACAGUUCCCAAUAUCCCCCAUAUUGAGGGAUUAGCUAAGUUUAAUGAAUUACAUCCAAAUACAUUAAUACACUCCAAGUCUUUCAGAGACGCGCAAAAAUUUAAAGAUAAGAAGGUUCUAAUAGUUGGUGGAAGCUUCAGCAGUAUAAAUGUAUUGCAGUAUGUUGUACCUUUAGCCAAACAAACUUUUAUAUCUAAGCGCGGCCCUCAUCUUGUUUUCCCUUGGAUAGAUAAAGCAGUAGAUUCGGAAGGAAUCUUUAAAAAACCUGUCAUUGAAAAAUUUUUACCGGAAUCUAAUGAAGUAUUAUUUUCCGAUGGUUCAAAAGAAAAGGAUUUUGAUAUUAUCUUACUAGCCACAGGAUAUCAUUAUCAUUAUCCAUUUCUUAAUAAGUAUUUAAAGGUCAUUGAACCUUCAAAUUUGAGUCGAGUCAGUGGGCUUUACUAUGACACAUUUGCUAUUGAAGAUCCAACUUUAGCUACCGUGGGGGUUGCAAUUUCUACAAUAAAUUUCCACACUAUUGAAGCAAGUGCUGCAGCUAUUGCUGGUGUUUGGUCCAAUUCUAAAACUUUACCAACUAAGGAAGAACAACAUGCAUGGGAGAAGGAACAUAUUGAAACCACUGCUGAUAAUCUAUUUUUUCAUUAUUAUACACAUGAUACAGUCAAAGACAAUUUUAUCGAUAAGCUUCAUGAUUAUGCACCUAGUGGUAGGAAGAACCCAUUUGAAGAAGAUUCUCAAUUUCUCAAUGAAAUAAACGAAGGCAUAAAUUCUUUGGAAAACUUAUUUUACAAACUCAAAAAUAAGACACUAAAUCUAGAGGAUACUUUGGUUUCUGCAUGA